UUCUGAAACACACUCAGAUUUCAUUUCCUUCUCUCUCUCUCACUCACACACUCUCUCUCUCUCUCUAUCUAUGGUGCAUCUCUUGUGUGCAUCGUAGAUACGUGGGCUAAGCUUGCAGAGAGAUUUAGCUCAGUUGAAUUGUCAAAGGUUAUUAAGUAUAAAAAUAUCAAGAAAAGACUUCAAUAUGGAGAAGUUCAUCUUUGCUAGAGAAGGAAUGAUGAAGUUGCCUCCAGGUUUACGUUUUCAGCCAACAGAUGAAGAGCUUGUCUUUGAGUACCUCAAACGUAAGGUCCUUUCAUGGCCGUUGCCUGCUUCUAUCAUUCCUGAGAUCAAUGUCUGCCAGUUUGACCCUUGGGAUUUGCCUGGUGAUAUAGAGCAAGAGAGAUACUUCUUCAGCAACAAUGAAGCCAAGUAUCCAAAUGGAAAUAGAAUCAACCGAGCAACUGCUUCUGGGUAUUGGAAGGCGACUGGCUUAGACAGACAAAUUGGUUCUUCUAGCAAGAACCAUGCAUUGGGGAUGAAAAAGACUCUGGUUUUCUAUAGAGGCAAAACUCCCGAUGCGUCUAGAACUGAUUGGAUCAUGCAUGAAUAUCGCCUUGUUAGUCUAGGAACUGUAGCUUGCAAUUAUUUUCCUCUGACAAAGAACUCAGACCAGAAUUCUUCUGAUCAAAUAGAGAAGUGGGUUCUAUGUCGAAUAUUUAUGAAGAAAAGAAAUAGUGAGAUUAAUCAAGCUUGUAACGAUGAGAGAAUAGCGAAUGUGGCAGUGACGCCUCAGCCCAGAUUUUAUGAUUUAAUGACGAGGGAGAAGAUUGUUUUUGAUUCUGUAUCGUCCUCUUCGUCGUCUUCAAGCUCCAGUGUCAUCACCGAGGUCUCUUCAAAUGGAGAGGAUCUUGAUGAAGGAAGCAGCAGUGGCCGCAAUUUCUUCUAAACUUUUGUUAAAGGAACUAUUGUUUUCUGCUUAAUCUUUUCAUGUUCGGAUUUGUUUGUGACGAAAACGUGUAUCCACGACAAUUUGAGCUUGGAUAUGAGUAAUAUUUUCUUUGCAAA